AUGUUUGCUCUUAGUGGUGCUGAUGCUGCACAGUCUGAUGAUCUCAUCCAAGCUAGUGGGUCUGUUUUAACUUCUGAUGUGUGCUUGCAAUGUCCUGUCUUAAUUUCUGAUAGACAGUUUCUGAUUGAUUUAGUUGUUUUACCUUUGAGUCAGAUUGAUGUUAUUCUUGGUAUGGAGUGGUUAUCUUCCAAUCACGUCUUAUUAAAUUAUUUUGAGAAAUAUGUUGUUUUUCCUGAGUCUGGUGUGAGUGAAAGUGAUAUGUUUUUGUCUGCUAACCAAGUUGAGGCAUCUUUAAGGGAGGAUGCACAGGUAUACAUGAUCUUAGCUAGUAUGAGUGUUGAGACCAAAACCCCUGUGAGUGAUAUACCAUUGGUGAGAGAGUUUCCAGAGGUGUUUAAGGAGGUGACAGGAUUACAACCUGGGAGAGAGGUCGAGUUCUCUAUAGACCUAGUGCCUAGUACUGGACCCAUAUCCAUAGCACCUUAUAGGAUGUCCCCUGUAGAGUUGAGUGAGCUUAAGAAACAGUUAGAGGAACUCUUAGAGAAACAGUUUGUGAGGCCUAGUGUGUCACCCUAG